AUGCGGCGGCUAAAGCCUUGCGAUGCCAUUUCUCUCGCCCUAAUCGCAUGGACUGUCAGUGUCUUCGCAGCCGCAGCCGCACCACCACAACCAUCCCGUGCUUCCGAUGCACUCGCCGUCAUAUCUCAGAGUCAAAACGCCGUUGCGACAACCACCCCGCCUUCAGCUUUCGAUGUGAUCGCGAGUUCGGCGUAUACGACUCUUGGAGCUAGCGGUGUUGCGAUCGCGCCUAGAUCGAUCGAUGAUUGGGAACUAGAUGACAUUGUGUUGAUUUCGACAGUGGAGGGUGGACUAUAUGCAUUGGAUCGGCAGAGUGGGCGGACGAGGUGGAUAUUGGAGGGUGCCGGGGCUGCUGUGAGGAGUACGGAUGUUGGGGAGAUCAUGGCUAUGCCGACUGGUGUCAACACCAAUACCUCACCCGACUCUGGUUCGGGAACAUACGUCGAUCCAGCAGAUGGAACAGCAUACAUUGUCGAACCACAACGCGACGGUCAUUUAUAUAUCUUCACACCCAACUCAGGCCUCCAGAAACUUCCUCUCGGCAUUAAGCAGCUCGUGGACGCAUCACCCUUCCGCGUACCGGGCGACGAUAAGGUCUAUGUUGGUCGCAGGGAAACGACUCUUUACUCUAUCGAUGCCCGGACGGGUGUUCUGUUACAGGCUUUUGGACCGCAGGGGAGCAUGGAUGCAAGUGCUGCGAAAUGCAAACCAAGGGAUUUGUUGGACAUGGAUGAGCUCGAUGACGAAGACGAGGAAUGUGAAGCAUAUGAUCUGAAGACGAAGGAUGUCUUGAGUGUGGGUAGGACGGAUUACUCCUUAACCAUCCAUUCCGGUCCACGAACCGUCUGGAACGUAACGUUCUCAGAGUGGGGUCCCAACACAGUCGACGUCGAUUUAGGCUCCCAAUACGAAAAAACUCCAGACGGAAAAUACAUCUCCCCCAUGCACGACGGCCGAAUCCUCGCACACGACACAAACUCCAAUCGAGCAUCCUGGUUCCGCAUGCUUGACUCCCCGACAAUUCGCAUCUUCGACAUCCUACGUCCCGCUCUAACUGACCGCCCUAGUCAGUUGGUGAUGGUGCCGCAGCCGAUUGAUCCGGAGUUUCGGACGGGUACGAGGGAGGGCGUGCAGGUGACUGGUGCGACGUUCGUGAAUACUACGGAGAGUGGGGGGUGGUAUGCCAUGAGUGAGGAGAAUUACCCACUUGUUGGACAGGCACCCAGAGCUAAAUGGUACUCUUUCGGACACUUUGGCGGGGUGGAAUGGAAAGACAAGAUCGUCGGCGUACACCUCCUCGCCUCAUCCACCCACGGCUCACCCCUCAGCAUCGGACAGGGUGCUGGCAACGGUGGAAUCAAGACGAUAGAUGGCCGUAAAGAGGGGGAGAAAGAGAUUAUCUAUGUGGAGAGGAAGGGAGUGCUCAAUUGGAAGGUUGUGUGGGCGGCGUUUGGGGUUAUGAUGUUGGUGCUGCAGAGGAGGAGGAAGAUUGAUGUUAAGGCGUUGUUGGCGGUGAGGGAUAUGGUCCGGUAUAGGGCGCAGCGGCACGGGAUGAUUGAGGAUAAGCCGGCGGCUGUGGAUACGGUGCCGGAGAUGCUUAAGGUGAAUGCAGCGGUGGAGGGUACUCUGGCGUUACUGGAAACUCAGGAAGCGGAGGUGGGUGAUGCUGCUCCUUCGCCGGUGGUAACACCACCUGCUGCCGAAGAAGGCGAAGCGGCGACUCCUGCGACACCCAAGCCGAAGAGAAAGCGCGGUCAGAGGGGCGGGAAGAAGAAGAAGCAGGCUGGCGAGGAUGGAGCUACUCUCGAAACGAAUGGCGAUAAAGUUGAUGGUGCGCGUGAAGCGGAGAAUGGCGGUGCUGGGGUUGUGUUGGCGGAAGAGAUACCACUUAACGGUGCAGUGGGGUCGGUAGACAAAGUGACCAUUGCCGACUCUGUAUUCCCGUUGCAGAUCAACUCCUUGGUUAUUACUGACAAGAUUCUGGGUUAUGGAAGUCAUGGUACGAUCGUCUACGCCGGUACUUUUGAGAACCGAGAUGUUGCUGUGAAGCGCAUGUUACUCGAUUUCUAUGACGUUGCAUCACAUGAGGUGUCAUUACUGCAGGAAAGCGAUGACCACCCCAACGUCAUUCGAUAUUUCUGUAAGCAGCAGAGUGAGCGGUUCUUGUACAUCGCACUGGAACUAUGUCCGGCUUCGUUGCAGGACGUUAUUGAUCGCUCGCCGGCGUUUCCGGAAUUGGUUAGUAUGAUGAAGCCUCAGCAGGUGUUGAAGCAGAUUGCGGCUGGUGUACAGUAUCUUCAUUCUCUGAAGAUCGUACAUCGCGAUUUGAAGCCGCAGAAUAUCUUGGUGGCUCCGCCGAGGCGGUCAGUACGGGAUAAUCAGAUGUCAUCGAAAUCGCAUUUUAGUGUCGGACAAGCCCGUGUGCUCAUUUCCGAUUUCGGGCUGUGUAAGAAGCUCGAGGGUGAUCAGAGUAGUUUCCGUGCGACGACGGCGAAUGCGGCGGGGACUUCGGGAUGGCGUGCACCGGAGCUACUUGUCGAGGAUAGUGACAGUAACUCGAUACCUGCUGUGAGUCAAUAUUCCCAGAAUUCUGAGACUGUGGUGAUGGAUACGCUGUCAAAUAGGCGAGUGACGAGAUCGAUCGAUAUCUUUUCUAUGGGAUGCGUGUUCUAUUACGUGUUGUCGAAUGGAGCACAUCCUUUUGGUGACCGGUACAUGCGAGAAGGGAACAUCAUCAAGGGCCAGUAUCGGUUGGAUCAUCUGGAUGGGAUGGGUGAGGAGGGUAUUGAGGCGAAGGAUCUUAUUUCGAGAAUGAUCUCUCCUGACCCCCGGAGAAGACCAGAUGCCACCAACGUCCUUCUACAUCCUUAUUUCUGGGAUGCUGAGCGACGGCUGGCAUUCCUUCUAGAGGCUUCUGAUCGGUUCGAUAUCGAGCAGCGUGAUCCCCCAUCGGAGUUGUUGGUUGACUUGGAGUCCGAGGCGCCUACAAUCGUCGGACCAGACUGGCAUAAGCGAUUGGAUAAGAACUUCAUCGACAACCUUGGCAAAUACCGUAAAUACGACGGCGCCAAAAUCAUGGAUCUACUCCGCGCAUUACGAAACAAGAAGCACCACUACCAAGAUCUGCCAGCGAACGUCCAAUCUGCGCUCGGUGAAGUCCCAGACGGCUUCUUGGCAUACUUCACGCACCGUUUCUCAUUACUCUUUUUGCAUGUUUAUUAUGUGAUCAAGGCUUGUGAGGAGGUUAGGACUGAACCUGUUUUCAGGCGUUACUUUGAGGCAUAA